AUGGCGAGCUACUUCCCUCCAAACGGAGUCAUCUCCAGCCAUGGCUCUACUCGAGCAUCUUCACCAGCUUCCUCUCCGCUUUCACCCCCGGUACACCAGCGAUCCAAUGCCUUGUCCAACCGACUGACAAGUGUACUUUCGGCCUCCUAUGCGGACUCGGACAUUCGCGAUGCGCUGGAGACACUCAGCCUCAGGGGGAUACACAAUACGGCAGAAGUUCGGAGACAGUUGCGCUUGGAUGUUCAGAAGGAAGUCGUCGAUAGCAAUGCCGAGAUCGUGCGGGAUUUCGGGCUCGUUGCGGAGCAAUUGAAACGGAUAGGAACUGUAAUUACGAACUUGAAUCAGACUUGCGAUGAGAUGCGCAAACAUAUCGUCUCGGCUAGACAGGAGACAACGCCAGUGCUCGAGGAAGCGUCGGCUUUGAUGAAGCAGAGAAAAGAGGCAGAGACCAAGCAGGAGCUGCUGGAAGCUUUCACCCAACACUUCAUCGUCCCCGAUGAGGACUUGCUGAUCCUGACGCACGCCGAGGAGCCUAUCGAUGACCAUUUCUUCGAGAUUCUCGCCAGAGUCAAACAAGUCUACCGGGACUGUGAAGCAUUACUCGGGGGUGAAAACGAGCGACUGGGUCUGGAACUCAUGGAAAAGAGCUCAAGAAGCCUCAACUCUGCCUACCAGAAACUCUACAGGUGGAUACAAAAGGAGUUCAGAUCUCUCAACCUUGAAGACCCUCGCAUCAGUAGCUCUAUCAGACGUGUCCUGCGAGUGCUAGCGGAGCGGCCAAGCUUGUUCCACAGCUGUCUGGAUUUCUUCGCAGAGGCCCGAGACUAUGUCCUCUCCGAUGCCUUCCACUACGCCCUUACUGAUGCCGUCUCUGGCACGACGGGUGAUACCAACGUGAAGCCAAUCGAGUUCUCUGCCCACGACCCCCUUCGGUACAUCGGAGACAUGCUGGCCUGGGUGCAUUCCACCACCGUCUCCGAACGCGAGGCACUCGAGGCCCUCUUCGAAGUGUCUUUCGACGGACAAAAGGCUCUCAGCGACCUAGUUAAUCGCGACCUCAUCGGUGUCUCCCGAGCCCUGCGCCAGCGCGUCGAGCUAGUCAUCCAAGGCCACGACGACCCCGUCACCUGCUACAAGGUAGUCAACCUGCUAUCCUUCUACCAAACGACCUUCAGCAAACUCCUCGGCCCUCAAUCCAACCUCGCCGAGCUCCUCGAGACCCUCGAAAAGUUCACCUUCAAGCACUUCGAGACCCUCAUGCACGACGAAGUCAACAACAUCUCAACAGAUCACUCAGCCCUCACACCUCCAGCAGAUCUCUCCGCACCCCAAUUCCUCCAAGACGCCCUGGAAGUCCUCACCUCUUUGAUGAAAACCCACGAGGCCUCCUACGGCGCCGACCCCAUCCCCACCCCCGGCCCUAAAACCACAUCAUCAUCACCACCACCCAAGGACACCAACUCCGAAAACAAAUUCACACCCGUCCUCCACUCUGCCCUCGAACCCUUCCUCGACCUCGCCAAAUCCUCUGCCGCCGAUCUCCCCUCCCACACCACCCAAACCAUCUACCUAACCAACAUCCACCUCACCGUCCGCACAACCAUCACCCCCUACCCCUUCGCCAGCACCACCCACCUGUCCCCGAUCCAAACAGCCCUCUCUACCCUCCGCACAGACCUCCUCGAUAUCCAAUAUCGCUACCUCCUCACCUCCUCGGGUCUCCAGACCCUCCUCGCAGCCCUGGAACCAUUCUCCCCUCAACAACCAACAUCCACAGACCAACAGAAGCCCAAACCAAAUAUAUCAGACAUCCUCACCCUCCCGGCCUUCCAGCCGCAGGCACUUAUUAAUAUCAGCCAGCAAUUGGACGACUUCCUCCCGAGCGCGCUUAUGGAUGCUACGGACAACUUGAAACGCGUGGCCAGCGCGACGUUCGUGAAGAGUGUCACGGAGGAUGCGGUCGAGGCGUUCUGUCGGGACUUUGAGUUUGUGGAGGGAAUGGUUAUUGCGGCGGAUAAUGAGGCAAGGGGGGUGGAUGUUGGUGAGAAGGCGGUGGAGGAGGGAGGGGAGGAUGAGGAGGGAGUGGAGAAGGGGGGAUUGAGGAGGUUGUUCCCUAGGACGACGGGGGAGAUUCGGGUUUUGUUGAGUUGA